UGCUCGGUCUGGAUUCUGCAAGGACGGGAUGUGCAGCCAUGCGUCAUCGAGGAAGGCAGAAGGCAUGAGAAUCCAAAUUUCCGGAGCAGUUUGCAGCACAAACCAAAAGCAAUUUCUGCUGCCAAAGAGCGCAGAGGCGUUAAAGUCCUUGGUAUUAUUUUAGGAUGUUUCACAAUUUGUUGGACACCGUUUUUCAUAAUGUACGUUGUGUUGCAGUUUUGCUCAUCUUGUGAAGUAAAUCCACACAUCUGGAUGUUCAUUACUUGGUUGGGAUACAGUAACUCGGCGAUGAACCCAAUUAUUUACACGGUCUUUAAUCGGGACUAUCAGAUUGCACUGAAGAAGCUAUUCAACAAAAGCGAGCUGCGCAGAACGAAUCCGAAAUAG